GUAUACAUGUAUAAAACUAGCUUGUGGUUUGGUGCCGUCAAGAUCAUAAUGUCUACUUCACCGAAAAGAUUUGCCGGUUCUUUGGCUAACAGCGUCAAAAAAGGUUUUACUGACGGUUCGAAUUACGAUUCUAACAGACCAAACUAUACAGACGAAGCAGCGAAUGAAGUAAAACGGAUGUUGUAUAGAGAUACUCAAUAUGAUUCAGACAUGACAGUCCUAGAGCUUGGUGCUGGAACUGGAAAAUUUACACAGAAAAUAAUUUCAAAGUUAAGCGAUACAGUUACUUACAUUGCCACAGAGCCAAUGUCAGAUUUUCUCAAAAUUUUGAAAAAGAACUGCCCUGAAGUUGAGACAAAGCAGUGUGCAACAGAGAAACUACCUAUAGACGAUGGGUCAAUACAGGUAUCAUACGAAAAUAUAUAUUCUUCACUCGUGACGACAGAAGCCUUGGUACAGUCUCGGUGGUAA